AUGCUACCCUCUUUCCCUGUCAUCCUCACAAGUCUCAAGUUUAUGCACCCUGAGCAUCGUACCCAGGUACUAGAUAAUUGCAGCGACCAGGAACUUUACUGCCUUCUUGUCGACGCCUUGAACACUCUACCUAGGCGUACUAUACAAGAACUUCUUCUACGCAUCUUGUUAUUACCUCAAGCAAGGAACGUUCGCACAAACACAAAUGAACAGAGCCCAGUACAGCGCACCGAACCCGGCCAGGUCAUUAAGCCCUCUCUCACUCAAGUCCCGAAUCCUCCACACAUUCAAAGCAACACAAGCGAACAGAUCCCUCAGGACCAACCUAAUCAUCAGCCAUCAAGCCUCGAGCGUACGAGACUAGCGGCAAGACCUCGACCGGCGCCUCUACUAAGAGUCAUCGGCAAUCUCCGAGAUGAUGCAUCGCCAGUAGGCAUACACGCGGCAAUAUCCAACCGUGCAGUGCCAAAAAUCGUUCUUCCAACUGCAGCUCAUCUAGCAUCGAACGACGAUUGCAGAAAUACUGCUUCUUCCAAACCAGAAACAUUAUCAACUGCUGCGGUCAGUACAACUACUCCGGAAACGACUACUCGUGCAUCAACAGGUUCUAUUAUAAGAGUUGUGGCGCCACAAACAAGCACUUCUUCGACCACUUUAAAGCGUGUCAUGGCCGAGGUUGCGCCUCAAGAUUUAGAUCGGCCAUUAAAACGAUGUAUGAGAGAGAAGGAGGCGCCGUUCAACGUCCCGAGUGAAGGAACAGCCCGCGAACCGGAACAUGAGCAGCGCGCUGGAAGUUCACCCGAGCUUCAUGAUGAGCUAGAUAACGCGAGUCUCGACUUGAUCGAUCGUGACGCUAUAUCUUCGGAAAGACGAUGUUUGAAUUUGAGGCUAUAUGAGGGGAGUACUACGUUACAGGAGAUGUGCUUCGAAUCGGGUGACGAUAAGCGCGCUUGCGACUAUUGCGUGAGGACACGGCGGCUGUGCGUGAGGAUGUACAAGGAUGAUGAUGAUAAAACUUAUAAGUUGGGGUUCUUUCCGUUGCCAGAGAAGUGGAGGAAAGGCGUGAAUUACGACAAUGUUGGUUUCUGGGUUCGGGUAUUUCGACGUUAAGGCGCUGUAUUCUCAAACAGUACAACUGAUAUUACCUCGCACUA